AUGAACAACUCAAACGAUGCCAACAAGAGGUUUCCAGUGCUCCCUUCUUUCAAGGAAAUCGUCGCAGGACUCGAUAGCUGGCCCAGAAGUGACCCUUCUUUGGCAUUCCAUUCAGUAGAACGCGUUGAGUUGGUUGUCACAGAGAAAAACGCCAAUGAGGUCAGCAGAAUGCUUGCGAAGCUGGAAGAGGCCAUGAGGCUGAUGGGCCCCUCCCAUUGCCACAGCCUUUGUCAAGACGUUUAUCGGGGUCUUCAAGAUCUUUCUGAAAAAAUCGCUAGCAACAGAUCUGCCAAAAGACGUAGGGACCAGAAGAAUCCUCGCACCAAAAAAAGUGCUCAGGGAUCCAAACCCAAGUCUGGGCUCAAGUCGAGGAUUAAAUCAGGCGACAGCACUGGCAAUGGCCCUGUCUGUACUCAAUGUGGUUCCACCUCAACACCCGAAUGGAGGAAAAGCUCCUUCAGUCCCGAGACGCUUUGCAAUGCAUGUGGGCUCUUCCAUUUCAAGCUGCUACGCAAAUUGGGAGCAGAAGAAGCAGUUCGGAUAUUUCUUGAGCGUAGAAAGUCUGGCGGUUUGGAUAGGCGUAUUCCCAGCUAG